AUGACGCGGCGACCAUCUCCUAGGACAAGCCUCCCGGCCAAGGCGUCGCAGCCAGCUCGUCGGAGAAGCCGAAGGCUGCAGGUCGACUGGAGAGCCCUGCCGAAGGAUCUGGUUGAGUUCAUCGCCGGGAAGCUCCCGUCGGCCCGCGACGCUUGCGCCUUCCGGGUUGUCUGCCGCGCCUGGUACUUCGCGCUAUCGUUCGCGAAGACCGUUGCGCCGGUCCUGCUGCUCCCAUUCAACCCCUACUCCACGGAGGACGCCGCGACAUUCUACAGAAUGACGGCCGACAAGGGCGACGGGAAGUUCUUCACCAGGAACGGCCUCUCGGAGCUCCGUGGAAAGGUGAUGUGCGGAUCGUCACGAGGGUGGCUUGCUCUGGCCGACGAGGUGGCGAACGUGAAGCUGCUGAAUCCGUUCAACGGCGCCACGGCCGACCUGCCGCCGGGCGACGAGCGCGUCGCGGCGGCGUCCUGGAGAGCCGUCUCUAUGGUGGUGGAGGCCGACGGCGGGCGACGGCGGUGGCUCCGGCGUUACCCCGACGGCAGCGACCAUCCCGUGGGCCUAAACAGCAUCCCGGACGUCUUCUUCCGGGAGAUCGUCCUUUCCUCCCAUCCUGGCUCCGGCCGCUGCGUGGCCAUGGCGGUUCUCGCGUUCUCGUCGACCGUCGCGUUCUGCCGCGUCGGGGUCGAUCAUUCCUGGAAACUGCUCCACACCAAGAUGAUUUGCCGCAUCGGCUCCGUCAUCUACUGUCCGGGCCGCAACAGGUUCCUGGCAAUCGGCACCGGAGGGGUCUCCAUCUGCCACGUCUCCGGUAGAACUCCCACGGCAAGGCCGGUGCCUUCAUUGACUGAUCGGUUGCCCCGACAGAUCAUCCCCCGCAGCUACCUACAAUUGGACGGCGAGCUUCAUCUCGUCGGUACCGUCAGUGCGACGGGCUCCACCUACUGCUACAAGUGUAAUGUCUUCGCCCGGACGCCCGCGUGGUCCAGGGUCAGGAACUCUCCCGAUAUGACAUUGUUCGUGUCAAAUAAGUUCACGGUGGGCACCGGCGGAGCAAGCGUCUCUGGCUUCAAGAAGGACUCCAUAUACUUCCCGGAGCAUAUCAAUAGAUACUACGCGGCACCUGCAGGCCGCCGCCGCCACCAUGAACUGGAGAUCAUUAAUAUUACCGAAGGCACGUCAGAGUUGCAAGCUUACCGCGAGAAGAGUCCAGGUUCUUCGGAUGCUCUUUGCUGGAUUCAACCCAAUCCAUGGGCAAGGUACGUACGUGACUGA